AUGUGGACUAUUAAUGACUUUCCCGCUUAUGGAAUGUUAUCUGGUUGGGGUACGCAUGGCAAAAUGGGAUGUCCACAUUGCAUGGAAUUUACAAAGGCUUUUACUUUGGAAUUUGGAGGGAAAAGUUCGUGGUUUGACUGUCACCGCAGAUUCCUACCACGAGACCAUGUAUUUAGAAGAAACAAGACUGAUUUCACAAAAGAUGUACGAGUAAAAGAUUUGCCUCCUCCGCGAUUGUCACCAUAG